GAAAAGAAAGAAAGCAAGCUAGAUAGAAAUGGCGAGAAGCUAGAGCAGAAAGUGAUGGAGAACAUUCCCGUAUUUGGGUUUUUUGGGUUGUAUAAAGCCCCAUUUUUCACUUUCAUUUUUUGAGCGGUCUGUAUCCUCUCUUUCCCCCUCUCUCUCGCUCUGGACUCCGGAUCAGCCAAUUCACUUACCCGAAUCUUACCGGACCCUCCUGCCGGGUCGGCUUGCACUCGCUUUCUGCAAUGGGGUGCGUCAGCUCCAAGCAGACGGUGUCCGUCACGCCGGCGUUCGACCACUCGGGUGGGUUGAACUCGGGUCGGAUUCGGGUGGGGCUAGAGAAUGACAAGGCCAGCCACAAGAGUUACGGGAGCAGCAACCACAAGAAGAAUGGCGAGUUGAGUUGUGGAAGCGAGUUGGGUGAGUCCGGGAGAGCUAGUUCUAACAGUGAAUCGUUGAGCUUUAGGUUGAGGAAUUUGCAAAAGUAUAUUGAAGGUGAACAAGUGGCCGCCGGGUGGCCUGCAUGGCUUAGUGCCGUCGCCGGCGAGGCCAUUCAGGGUUGGGUUCCGCUUAAAGCCGAUGCGUUUGAGAAAUUGGAGAAGAUAGGACAAGGUACAUAUAGCAGUGUGUUUCGAGCACACGAGCUUGAAACUGGGAGGAUUGUUGCUCUAAAGAAGGUUCGCUUUGAUAAUUUUGAGCCUGAGAGUGUCCGGUUCAUGGCAAGAGAGAUACUGAUUCUCCGCAGGCUCAACCAUCCCAACGUAAUGAAAUUGGAUGGAUUAAUUACUUCCCGGUUAUCAUGUAGCAUUUACCUGGUCUUUGAGUACAUGGAGCAUGACAUCACUGGACUUUUGUCUUGCCCUGAUGUCAGGUUCAGUGAAUCACAGAUUAAGUGCUACAUGAAGCAGUUGCUUUCUGGACUGGAGCACUGUCACUCAAAGGGUGUAAUGCAUAGGGACAUCAAAGGAUCAAAUCUUCUUGUAAACAACGAAGGAAUAUUGAAGGUGGGAGAUUUUGGAUUGGCAAACUUCUGCAAUUCUGGGCACAGGCAACCAUUAACCAGUCGAGUUGUAACUUUAUGGUACCGUCCCCCGGAACUUUUACUAGGUUCAACUGAUUAUGGAGCAGCUGUGGAUCUAUGGAGUGUUGGCUGUGUAUUUGCAGAACUUCAUCUUGGAAAACCUGUCCUUCAAGGGAGAACAGAGGUUGAACAAUUACACAAAAUUUUCAAGCUUUGCGGGUCUCCACCUGAUGAAUAUUGGAAAAAAUCCAAACUUCCUCAUGCUACUUUGUUCAAGCCACAACAACCUUAUGAUAGCUGUCUUCAUGAGACCUUCAAAGAUUUGCCAAAAACUGCUGUGAACCUGAUAGAAACACUUCUAUCUGUAGAGCCGUACAAGCGUAGCACUGCCACGUCUGCUCUUGCAUCUGAGUACUUCACCACAAAACCUUAUGCCUGUGAUCCAUCAAGCUUGCCAAAAUAUCCACCCAGCAAAGAGAUUGAUGCGAAAAACCGUGAGGAGGCAAAGAGGAAAAAGAUCAGUGGGAGAAGUCGUGGUGCUGAAACCAAAAAGCCAGCAAGAAAACCUGGUGGAAGCUGUAAACUGGCACCAGCAGAGGCAGCUCGAAUGCAAGGUGCUCAAAAUAAUACUAGUAAUAAUAUGCGUAUUCCUAAAGGAAGGGAUGGCAGGUCUGGUGGAGAGGCACGGAAGCCAUCAUUUGACAAACUGGAAGAGAUUUUCCAUGUAAAGAAUGCAUCCCAAGGAGACAUUCCCUUUUCUGGCCCAUUACAGGUCUCCAGUUCAAGUGGCUUUGCAUGGGCAAAAAGGCGGAAGGAUGAUGCAUCCAUAAGAUCCCACAAUAGGUCUAUUUCAAGAGUUCACAUUAAUAACGGAUUAGAACCCUCUACUGCGUUGCAAGAAAAGAAGAGUUUUGAUUCAAGACAACAUGAUAAUGGAGAUGUCACAUAUGGGAUCCGUUCCAAUUCUAGGGGCCAUGAUUCAUAUGAAAUUUCCAAGCGUGCUUUGCAGAAACAGUGGAGUCAACUUGAAAGGCCAGAUUCCUUUGACGCUUCUGAUGGGUACCAUUCACAAGAACUUUCAUUGGCACUUUAUCAAAGAGAGGAAAUGGAAGCAAAGAGAAAUAAUUUGGGUUUUCAAGAUCAAGGAGACAAGGUUGAAUUGUCUGGACCCUUGCUAACCCAAUCACAUAGAGUGGAUGAACUCCUAGAAAGACAUGAACGCCAUAUCCGCCAAGCUGUUCGAAAGUCAUGGUUUCAAAGAGGGUUAUCAUCUAGAGUCCAGUUCACAGUCGAACAUCCAAAAGGAACUUCUUCAACUCAGCUUUACUAUAGUAAGCGCAGGAUCAAGCUUACAAGUAUGCCUUCCUAUACAGAAACUUGAAAAAAGACCUUUCUAGUCGUUUUCUGAUUUUGCAUUUGCUGCUGCUUUGGUGCUUUAAAGUGAAAAACUCGGUAGUGCUCUUUUGCUUGCUGGCUGUACUUCAACUAAAGCCAUUAGAUAAUACAAAAAUGAUUACAUUAUCAACCACAAACAAUCUGGGUCCAGCCCAAACUCCACCUGCUCACCUAAAUUGUAAGCUCGUUCUCGAUUUUGGGCUUUGAUGAAACCUUUGGAUCAGCAUGUAAUUACAAAGUUUUAGCCAAAAUUGGAUUUUUGGGCUGGGAACUGUAUUAUAAGGGUGAAGCUUGCAACUUGCAAGGCAAAAUGGGGAAAUUCUAAGAAUAAUAAUCCCAUAACAAAUGUUGUUUCAGUUGUUUGAGAUAGAUAAGGACCUCUACCUAAACCUUAUCUUAGGCUAAAUAUCUAGUAAUUUAACCAUGAGGAGUGUCACAUAAACAAACGAGUUUUUUCAUGAGUCUUGUGUCGUCUCAAGGAAGAAUUAUUGUCGUAAAUUGUUGUUGAAGAUAUGCAAUUAGGAUGAAGGUUCCCAUAAUGUACAAAGAAGUUGAGUCCUAGUUUCAAAAUCAAUCAACAUAUGGUACUGCCUAGCAAGUAGCAACCAUCCAUCACACCUUUAAAGAGAGGGACAGUCCAUGGGAUCCCCGAAU